AUGAAACUCCCUCUGACGCUGCAUCCUGCGAACCACCUCGCUGUCCAGUGCCUUCUCCUCCAUGCCGCACUCAGCUCAGACAGCGUCAGCGGCUUCACCAUGGACUACGCCCAGCACGAGCAGUACAACAUGGCCGCCAGUAUCGCACGACUGCGCACGCGCUACAACUGGGAAGGGCGGUUCGGCCCGCGUCAUAUAGUACGGCUGUCGCACUGCUGGGAGGGACUACUGCGCCCACCAGCAGCGACUGCUGCCACCUCCGUGACCGGCCGCAGUGUUGCUCAGUCGACGACGGUAGCGGCAACGACAGGGGCCCCGGUAAAUCGCGUUGACGCGCCGUCGUCGGCACUCGAGACAACGCAGCAGCAGCAGCCGGCAGAUGGCGAUCGCGCUCUGGCCUUUACGGCUCCCGCCCGACUCAUCGCGCUUUACGCCCCUCCCGUCCUCCUUCGCGGGCUGCAACGGCGUAUCCACGACAUGGUCAGCUACGACGCCGCCGUGCACCACGCAUCGCUGCUGCUGCAACUACUCGCUCCAUACGGCGUCCACGUCGCCUUGACCGGCGCCACGCGGCGCGGCUGCCCAUUCUCCCUCCAAGCGGAGUACCUUCUUUGCCUCACGGAGGCGGAGACGCGCGAGGUGGAGGCGGUGCACCCAGACGGCGCUGGUGGGGUGGAGGAGAGCGACAGGGGCGCAGCUGAGCAUGCCGUCAUCGACGACGGCGACGGCGCCAGUGGCAGCGGUGCGUCCGCAGUGAGCACGGCGGCCACUGCCGUUACCGGUCCUCCGAUGCGUGAGGCACCGUGCUCCACGGUGCGGGCAGCGAAGCAGCAGCGGCGCGUAAGGGCGGUGAUGCAGCGUGAUGCGCUGAUGCUGCGUCCGCCGUCACUACCGUCUGCGGCGUCGCGGGCGGCCGCAGCCGGUGUUCCCAGGGAAGAGGCUGGCGGCGGCACCGGGCACCAUCGCCAGGAAGGCAUCCGUGGACGUCUCAGGGGAUCGCUGCGACGACGCCAUUGCGACCGGCACCGUGCCUUCUCAUCGGUCGACGACGUAAGCCCGCAGGUUUCGUACCGCGUGCAACGUGCGCUAGCGAGCCUUGUCCGGUGCGGCUACAUCGUGUCCGCCGCCCAGCCGUUCCCGCCAUCGCAGUCGUGUCUCGAGGCACGCACGGCGAUACGUUUGACAGCGCGCUAUGACCCGCACUUGCCAACGCAGGUGCCACCGCGCGCAUGCACCGACCCCGCCGUGCUCCGGCGCCUGCAGCUGCACCAGCUCGUUCUGCACCUUUGCCCGUGGCAUGCGCUUGCCGCGCGGCAGCUGUUCCUAACGGGGCCGGCUGAUUAUACCACCCACGUGACGCUGCAGGCACUCGAUCACGGCGUGAACGUGAACAUGAACGGCGUCUUCGUGUUUGGGGAAGCCUGCGCGGCGAGCGGUGAUGGCGGAGUGGGCAGCACAACCCCCGUCAUCGCCGCCACGGCUGCGAGCGAGGCUCAUCCUGGUUCCUUGGCAACAGCGCAUCACGAGGGCCAGCCGCAGCGCCGCAGCGACCUUGUCGAGCAGCUGAUCCUGCAGGACGAGGAGGACCUUGUGUCACUGGCGGGUCUGCCGCGUGUUGACCCGAUGCUGCGCGGCCUCUACUGCCAGCAGAAUCAUCUGUGA